UUGGGAAACACCUAUCUGUGACGCAUGUCGAGUCUUUAAGCAAGAUCAUAAGUUUACUCGCCGAUUUAAACCAUUAAAUGGUUUUGUUAAUUAUUCUAAUUGACAGAGAUCCGAUGAAUGUAUUGUGAGAUAAUUUAUUUUAAGCAUUUCCUGCAUAUGCGAAGAUCGAUUUACGUAAAUUACGACGAUUUAUUGUUAAAACAUGGCGGACGUCGAUGAUGCAGAAGAUCAAGUGUUGAAUGUUGACAAUCUGUCAUCUUCUACCCACGAUGAUACGAGCAUGGACAACCAUGAUGACAAUUUAUAUUUUCAGGAUUUACCCGAUGCAUUGAUUGUGACAAAUCUAGAUGAGUGUAUAUUUGAUGAUGUGAAUUGCAAGGCCGAGUUUGAGUCGCUCUUUAGACAAUACGACAACAAAGCAUCGUUUCUAUACCUCAGAUCUUUCCGACGGGCUCGAGUAAAUUAUUCCACACCAGAAAUGGCAGCAGCAGCUAGAAUACAUUUCCACGAAGUAGAAUUAUUUGGAAAAAGAGUCAAAUGUUACUUUGCACAGCCUAAAGAUGAAGAGAAUGAAAACAAAGAUCCACACUUACACCCCCCUCCCCUACAGAAACAGUUCCUCAUCUCCCCCCCAGCCUCACCCCCCGUAGGGUGGGAACAGACGCACGAGGAAAAACCAGUCAUAAACUACGACCUUAUCUCAGCUGUAGCAAAUCUGGCUCCAGGCACCUCACAUGAGUUGCACCCGCAAUCAGACAAACACCCAGCCAUUGUUGUUCACAUCUGCGAGGAUUCUCCCAUUCAUUUAUCUGGUGGAGAGAAACCCAAAAUCAUUCAAACACGGAGGCCAGACUUUGACGAGAGGGGAACGUGAUUAAGCAGUGUGGCAGACUUUUUCUUCAAAUUUUGUUGCUUUCUCAUCUGUGUCUAAAUUAUCAGCAAAUUUAUUAUAUAUGUUCAUAUAUUUAUUCUGUGACAUUUUACAUCAUGUUUGUUUGUUUUUCAUUUUGUUUUUAAUAAAUUAUAUUCCAUUAA